GAAAAUAUUCCAACAUGGCUUUCCUUGGACUCUUCUCUUUGCUUGUUCUGCAAAGUAUGACAUCAGGGGCUACUUUUCCUGAUGAAGCUGUUGCUGAUUUUUCAGUGAACAUGUACAAUCAUCUCCGAGCUGCUGGGGAUGAUGAAAAUAUUCUUUUCUCUCCACUGAGCAUAGCCCUCGCAAUGGGCAUUAUGGAACUAGGGGCUCAAGGAUCUACCCUCAAAGAAAUCCGUCAUUCAAUGGGAUAUGACAGCCUGAAAGACAAUGAAGAAUUUUCUUUCUUGAAGGAUUUUUCUAACACAGCAACCACUGAGGAGAGUCACCAUGUGAUGAAAAUUGCCAGUUCCCUCUUUGUGCAAAAUGGAUUUCAUGUGAAUGAUGAGUUUUUGCAAUUGGUGAAGAAAUACUUUAAUGCAGAAGUAAAUCAUGUGGAUUUCAGUCAAAAUAUUGCAGUGGCUAACUAUAUCAAUAAGUGGGUGGAGAAUAACACAAAUAAUGUAGUGAAAGAUUUGGUAUCUCCAAGGGACUUUGACCCUGUCACUCACCUGGCCCUCAUCAAUGCUGUGUAUUUCAAGGGGAAUUGGAAGUCACAAUUUAGACCUGAAAAUACCAGAACUUUUUCCUUCACUAAAGAUGAUGAGAGUGAAGUCCAAAUUCCAAUGAUGUAUCAACAAGGAGAAUUUUAUUAUGGGGAAUUUAGUGAUGGAUCCAAUGAAGCCGGUGGUAUCUACCAAGUCCUAGAAAUACCUUAUGAGGGAGAGGAGAUGAGUAUGAUGCUGAUGUUGUCCAGACAGGAAGUUCCACUGGCCACUCUGGAACCACUGCUUAAAGUGCAGCUGAUAGAAGAAUGGGCAAACUCUGUCAAGAAACAAAAAGUGGAAGUGUACCUGCCCAGGUUCACUGUGGAACAAGAAAUUGAUUUAAAAGAUGUUUUGAAGACUCUUGGAAUAACUGAAGUUUUUAUCAAAAAUGCAAAUUUGACAGCCUUGUCUGAUAGCAAAGAGCUUUUCCUUUCCAAAGCGAUUCACAAGUCUUUCAUCGAGGUUAAUGAAGAAGGCUCCGAAGCUGCUGCCACCUCAGGAAUGAUUGCAAUCAGUAGGAUGGCUGUACUGUAUCCUCAAGUUAUUGUUGACCAUCCAUUCUUUUUUCUUAUCAGGAUCCGAAAAACAGGUACAAUUCUAUUCGUGGGGCGAGUCAUGCAUCCUGAGACAAUGAACACAAGUGGACAUGAUUUUGAGGAACUUUAAAACAUUUCAUUUACUCACAAGGAAAACAACUAAGCACAUUAUGUUUGCAACCAGUAUUUAUUUAAGACUUAUGUUUUACAGUAUAUCUUUAGAUCAUAUUUAAAGUAGCUCCAGAUUGAAAAAAAAUAUGAUGUAAAUUACUAGCUAAUUUGUUCUGGAAUGUUAUCAGUAUUAUCGAGGUGAUAAUGGUCCUGUUAUGUCAUUGUGUUUGUUGUGCUGGUAUUUAAAAUAAAGUAAAUAUUGAAUACUUAAAUAGCCC